AUGGGGGACUGGAGCUUUCUUGAGAAGUUACUAGACCAAGUACAGGAGCAUUCUACAACAGUUGGCAAAAUCUGGCUUGUGGUGCUGUUUAUAUUUCGCCUUCUGAUCUUAAGCCUUGCUGGGGAAUCAGUUUGGGGAGACGAGCAAUCAGACUUCAUUUGCAACACUAAACAACCUGGUUGUCCAAAUGUUUGUUACGAUAAAGCUUUUCCCAUUUCCCAUGUUCGGUUUUGGGUGCUACAAUUCCUUUUCGUGAGCACACCCACUCUGUUCUAUUUAGGUCAUGUUGCCUACCUGUCUAGGAAACAAGAAAAACUAAGUCAGAAAGAAAACCAAUACAGGAUUGUGGAGGACAAACUUCAACAAGAGGAUGCUGCCUUACCAUUCAAUGAAAAGAAACACAAGGUUAAAAUCCGAGGAGCACUGAUGUUGACAUAUACAAUCAGUGUUAUUUUCAAGAGUAUUUUUGAAGCUGGCUUCCUGCUUGGCCAGUGGUACUUGUAUGGCUUUGUAAUGCCUGCAAUAUAUGUGUGUGAGAGAACACCAUGUCCUCAUAAAGUAGAUUGCUUUGUUUCCAGACCAAUGGAGAAAACCAUCUUCAUCCUUUUCAUGCUAGUAGUGUCACUGAUUUCUCUACUACUGAACAUCUUAGAACUGAUUCAUCUAAUGUGUAGGAGCAUGAUUCAUGCCUUAAAGAAAUACUCUCCCUAUGUGCCUAGCACAAAAUACACAAAGGAAGAGGAUAUAUACCCAGGGAAAUGCUCUGAGACAGCCAGUGCUCCUUUUCAGGACAAGUCUUACCUAUAUCUCCCCAUGACUGAAAACAUUUCCUACCCAGCAUACAAAGUACAAAAUGUGGACAACUGGACAAACUUUAAUACUGAGAAAAAUCUAUGUCUUAAUGGAGGAAAUCAGACACUAGAGCAUUACAACAACAGUCGUUUUAAACCUGUUCCUCCCAACCCCCAUGCCGUUGUCGAGAAGCAACCAAGCAGAGCCAGCAGUUCAGCCUCUAAGAAACAGUAUGUCUGA